AUGGCAUUGCCACCCAAAUUUGGGGUUUUCGCAGACGGGAGAUCCGGGUUAACUCCUAUAGCAUCAAAGUUCCCUUCCAUAGGUUUUUCGAGCCCGCUCCCGCCCGAGGCGGCGGAUAACGCGAGAUAUGAAGAGUAUCAGCGCAGACUGCUACAUGGCUUUACUACCCGCGAACUGUCAAGCAUGGAUGUUAUCACAACUCGACCUCUCAAGAGAAGCACGCUUUUGAACGGCAUCCAUCCUAUUUUCGCUAAGUCGAGGUGGGAGAAGACUCCGUCCCCAGAACAUGAGAGACUGAACCUGUAUGCUCUUCCUGACUGGCCAGGGCUCUCUGGCGACUGGAUCGCGGACAAUGAGAUUGUAUGGAAGGCAAUUUAUCCCAGCCUACAAAUCGCCACUAGGGUCCUCGCGAGUGUUCAUCUAUUAGCAUGGUUCGCUGCUCUUCUAGCUCCGGGGAAAACGAAAAUUCCCAUCGAGAGGAUACACAGAGGAGAUUUCUUCGACCCAGCGUUCGUAGAGCUUGAUAACAUGUGGUCUUUCACACCAAAGGUUCCAUUCGACGAGGCACUUCAAAGUUUGACGAGACAGCGACUUGAUCGAAUUCUGGAGAAUUUGAUGGGCUCUGGUGAGCUUACGUUUGGAUUCAAACACCAAUCGAUUGAUCCUUGGAACAAUAUCCCGGCUUGGGAGUUCAGUCAAAUAGGAGUGACGCAGUUGUUCAACAGCAGGACAGUCUCCAUCUUUUUGGGUUACAAUUUGGCAGAACCUCUUCUGAGGAAUGAUCUGUCUGAUGCCGAACGAAUGGGUUGUGAAUGGAACUUCGCAAGCGUCCUUCUUCAUGAAAUCUGCCACGCUGUAUGGUACGGAUACUGCUUAGAGUAUCCUGGCCAGCUGCUUGAGAAAAACGAGCCUUACUUUAAGAAUGAACCGCUCGCGGAGUUAGGGUAUGUGAUGGAGCGUGAGGUGUUUGGCGGUGUUAGUGGGCUCAUGCUACGGGGUACUUUUUUAUGUCCCCUCGGCUAUUGGCUCAGCACCGAAAUUAUAAGCCUCGAUCACUGCGAGAGAACAACCCAGACCAUCUUGAUAAACCCCCCACUCUCUAAUAUCCAAACCUACUUCCCUAUAAAAGCCGAAUUCUUCGAAAACAUUCAACAGGAGAGCUUUUGGAGAGUGAGCAUCGGGAUGUUGGGAAUGUCAGGUCUGCAUGCCCGGACUUUGGCUGAGGGAGCUCAAGUCACCCAUUCUGGGCUAGGGCCUAACAACCGAGUGAGAGGGGUCGCGGUGAAAUACUUAGCAAGGAUCCAGGAGCCCGAUGUGCGAUUGAGCGAGUUCAGACGAAAACUCAACGAGUAUUUCAAAGCCUCAGGUCACAGGAUGAGCCUCGAAGAGCUCGAGAACUUCCGAUUCGGGAAAGCGAUGCUGGACAAUGCCGUUUGGGAAGAAGCGUUCUGGCUCACAAGCGUAACGCUGCGAGGAUUUCUGAGCACGGUGAUGGACACCUUAGAGUAUACGCUCAGUGGUAAGAAUCGAGCUGCGAGAGCUGACGCUCUGGACAAGAUUGAUGCAUUUCUGAAGGCCGCCUCGGCGAAACACCUCAGUCAGAUCAACAGCUUCCUUGCGCUACCGCACGAGCUCAGGGGCCAAGAUCGCCACGACGACUUGUUGCGCUGGAACCGGGGUGCCAGAAUCUACGCGAGGGGAUGCUACAGCCUGGCCUUUUCAGACAUCGAUUACACGAAGACGGCUGCUUUCGAGCAGUCCAUCCUCGAUCUCGAGUUCUGCCGUAUGCUCCUGUACCAUCCUAUCAUGAAAAGCCUCGUGCCAGGCCACCAGUCCGAAACUGAUUGCCUUUCCGCCGCCAACAGACUGAAGGAUGCAGGAGAUAUCGAAGCGUUCAAGGCUGCCGUUGCACCAACCAUCACCUCGCCCGAUUGCUCCCUGUUCGCAGACGCCGCGGUGAGGGUGAUUCAAAGCGAGCUACCGUUAGACCAAGAUACAUAUACACAGGCGACCCGGGGGCAUGGGCAGAAGUGGUUCUGGAUCAGGCUCGUGUAG